AUGGCUGAUCACUGUCAUUCUGCGGAUUUUCUCAAUGCAUCAAGCCACGCUAUCGUCUUAGACCCGUUUUCGGCAUACCCGUUCGAACCCCACGAUCUAGAGAGCGAUUCGGCUCAUGAACGGCAGCAAUCUUGCCCGCGGCCUCCGUCUGAUAAACUUCGUGGCUCUCUGUCAGCUGCACGCCAUUUGUACCUAUGGUACACCAAACUAGCGCCCCAACCAACAUUCGAUGCCGAUCUCCUUUUCACAGCACAGGGCACGAUACCGUUUCGAGGCGAAGCUCGUCCCGAAGUACACAAUACAUGUCAAAAAGCCAGUCGCCUGUCACCGCCGUCCGGUGUCAACUCCGACAGCAAAUGUCAGACCAUGAUGCCACCAGAUCGUGUUGCGCAGUGGUGCAUCGACUCUUCUUCGAGCGCCACGCAGUUUCACAGAAGCUGA